AUGGCUAUGAAAAAGCUCUCUAUCAAUAUUCAGUCGUUAUUCAGUUCUGCAAUACACAUAUUCAAUUAUAAAAGAGCUGUUGAAGAGCUCGUUUAUAAUGCUUUGGAUGCUCAGUCAACAUCAGUUGCAGUAAGAAUCAACAUUCAGGAAAAAAAGAUUCAAGUCGUUGACAAUGGAUGUGGUAUUGCCAAAGACGACUUUGACUUACUUGGCCUAAAACACGCUACUAGCAAAUUCGUUGAUCUGAAAACAUAUAAAUCUGCUCCUAAUUCAUAUGGUUUUCGUGGUCAAUCGCUAGCUGGUUUAGCUGAAGUUUCCAAAUGUGUCAAGAUAACGUCAAGGGUAUCUAAUACUGAGGAAACGUGGACAAAAACUUUUUACAAGGGACGAAGGAAUGAGUUAACCCAAACUACUAUCCGGCCUUCCAAAGGGACAAUGGUCGAAGUAAAUGGUUUUCUGUACAACCUAAAUAUUCAAAAUAAGGGUAUAAAUCCAGUCACUGAAAUAAAUGACAUCAAAACAUUACUGGAACAGUUGUCUCUAGUUCAUAAUAAUGUUUCAUUUAGCUUGAGAGAUGAUUGUAAAAAUGAAAUCGUUUUUAAAACCCACAAAAACUCUGAUAUUUAUCAAACAUUCAAAUCGCUAUUUGAUAUUGAAAAGGACUGCAUUCAAGAAUUACAGGCUGAGAAAAAUGAGUACAAACUUGUAGCUUACAUUGCUAAGAACAAUGAUCAUCCUGAUUGUCAUCAUUGGGUUUACCUGAACAAGAAGUUUGUAAAUAACCCAAAACUGUAUAAAAUUGUUCAUGAUACUUUGUCAAAAUCUAUAAACCCUUCGCGUCGAACAACUAGAGUAAAAUCCAAGAAUAUAAAUCAUAUCGAAGAUCAUGAGCCAUCUAAAAAUCAGUUGGCAUUUUACUUUAUUUUUAUCACGUGCCCUUACUACGAUUACGAUAUUAGCAAUACUCCAAAACAAUCAACAUUGCAAUUCAAAAAUUGGAAUCAGGUAACAAAACUAAUCGAAAAAUUGGUAAAGUUUAAAAAAGGAGAGUUAAAAGUAAAAGAAAUAAAAAGAGUUCAUGAAAUAGAUAACAAAAAUGCCAUAACAAAAGAGAAUAAGAAAGAUGAUACAAGGCAGCAAGUAAGAGAGAUAAUGAAGAAAAUAUUAGGGAGUCAACCAAAAAAAGUAGGCGUAUCACAAAUGCAAAAUGGUAUCAAAGGAAAGUUAAUCAAACGAAAAAAGAACAUACCUGCAAAAUUAUCGCUUUCUAAAGUGAUUCCUCCCAAAGGCUCUGUUAUUAAGAAGCAUAAAAAUAUUAUCAUUGACGAUACAAUAACAGAUCAGAUAGACAUUGAUAAAGUUCUUGAAAACGAAACACCAAAGAUUAUAAAUGAACGUCAUAAAAUUGCAAAAGUUAACACGGCGGCUACUAAGCAAUUUCAUAUACACAGUUUUUCUGAUAAUUUCACUUCACAUACAAUAGAAUUUUCUGAUAGCAGAAUUGAUCAAAGGGAGAGUCAUAGAAACCACCAUCCCAACAUUGACAUCAACAGAACCUACGUUAUUCCAGUUACAAUAAUGAAUAACCAACAACAAACAACUGUUGUUACAUCGACCAUUGGGCUUACGUACACUUUAACCUCUUCGAAUAAAAUUUCCGAUACGUUAAAUGAAUCACAAGGGAACAACGAUUAUAACGAAAGUAAUGAAAGUAAUUGGACAUUGACAUACAGCAAACGAGAAGAAAUAUUUGCUAAUAAAACACACGAAUAUCCCAAAGACGACAAUCUGAAUGUAAUAUUUGUCUCAAAUAAUAAUAGCAAAAGUCCCAUUAUCAACACAAUAGAACCAUUGAAUGUUUGUGAAACUAUCCUGACUAACCAAUCUGAAUCGAAACAAAAUGAAUUAAAUCCAGAAGUAAACAAUUUCAAUGUAAUCGGAGAUAACACUUUACAACUUCUUCAGUCGCCAAGUCCCAUUAUAGAAGAAAUAAAUCGUGGUGUUAGUCCAGAAGUCACAGACACAAUAAAUAAAAAUGGCCUUGAAGAUACUUUAGGAGCUGAACUUGAUCAAAUUAUUGAAUUUGAAAAUCAACAAGAACUUGUUUGUAACGUUGAGGCAUCAGAUGGUAGAGCCUUAGCUGCUAACGAUUUUGGGAUCCGAAAUAGACCACGAUUUCUACCUAAGGGAAUGUCACCUAUAUUCGAUACUCAUUGUGUGAAAAAUAAAAAUGAUAUGCAGUUGGAAAGUGGUUAUUUUGCUGAUGACCUGUAUAACAAGUUCAAAGAUGAGAUUCAAACCCACACUGAAGUUUAUGAAGUCCAUGUACAAGAUUCUAAAGAUCUCGCCUCAAAGAACAUUAUCAAAGUUAAUAACCGAUUGGAAAAAGAAAACUCUUCGCUGACUUUUAGUGCGAAGUCGUUGAAGAAUGCAAAAGUCUUGGGUCAAAUAGACAACAAGUUUAUAGCAAGCAUCAUAAAAGGUAAGACGAACCAAUCAGAAUUCCUAGUGUUGUUCGACCAACAUGCGGUACACGAAAGAAUUCGACUUGAGGAAAAUUUGGCAGAUUAUUUUAGCAAUAACGAAUGGAAGCAAUCUACACUGGAUGAUGUCUUGCUCAAGAUGUCUAAAGAUGAAAUUCUCUACCUACAUAAUUUUAAGGACAAAUUCGCGCAAUUUGGUUUAGACUGGACUAUUCAGAAUAACUACAGCAUAACUCUACAUGCUAUACCAGCUGCCAUACUUGGAAAAAAUCCUAGACCGGUUGAAAAAGUGAUAAGCGCUGUAAGAAGCUUAAUUUCGGAGGAAAUAAACGUGAUUCGAUCUCAAAAAGGAUGUGUUUCUCUGUAUCCAAAAUCAAUAAUGGAUCUUAUAUUUAGUGAAGCUUGUCGAUACGCGAUAAAGUUUGGUGACAAUUUACCACACAGAGAAUGUGUCGAAUUAGUGCGAUCUCUUUCGACGUGUAAAACUCCAUUCCAGUGCGCUCACGGAAGGCCUGUGAUGGCGGUCAUAAUGGAUGUAAAACCGGAGACACGUAACUAUCAGAUUAACAUGAACAAACUGAGGAGAAUGAAAAAAAUAUUAAAAAGGCAAGGCAAGGUAUAA